UAAUAAUAAGAAUGCCAACUCCCCCGGUCUUGUCGUUGCUCAUACUACAGCGACAGACUCUUUUGCUACGUCUUCACUCUCACUUUCCGUUACAUUCUUAUACUAUCUGUCAUUCACCGCCUCGGGAACGACAGAUCUCAUACCUUGCCUUUACCCGGAGAAAGGGAAACGUGUCAUCAUCUCUCUCACUACAUAAAUUCAAGCCAUUAGUGGUUAUAUCUAGGCACUGUCCACGUCGCUCUUUUCAAGAACUCGAACUACCGUCUCGUUACCAAGCCCGAAGGAUGUCGACGCGUAGGAAGGAUGUCAACAAGCACCAGAAUGGCUCUACUGUCAAGCCCGACGAUGAAAACAACCAUUCACACUCGCACUCACAUUCGAUAUUCGGUCAUUCCCAUUCCCAUGAUGAUGAUCACCGCCAUGGUACCGACCAGAUCAUGGCUGCGUUACAAGGUUCCGCUGACCGAGGCAGUAAAAUCACGUUGAUUGGGUUGUACUCGAACGUAGGUUUAACGAUAGCGAAGGGUCUCGCUGGGUGGUAUCUACACUCAGCGUCAUUAUUGGCCGAUGCCGGACACUCCUUGAGUGAUCUUCUCGGAGACUUCGUUACACUCUUUUGUUGGAAACUAUCUCGGAAGCAACCUUCAGAAAGGUAUCCUUAUGGGUUCGCCAAAUUCGAAACAUUAGGAACAACUGUCGUCUCUCUGUUACUCAUAGGCGGAGCACUGGGUAUUGGUUUCCACUCGUACCACCUACUCUUGGCUGCUCUCACCGAAACUGCCCAAACCCUCCCUACUGGGCCGCUCCAGGAAAUAUUGACCAACGUCACACAAGCUGCGCCCGGGGUUCCUGGAACGAUGCAACAUCAUCACGGACAUACCGUUGACCCAAAUGCUGCUUGGUUCGCUGCAAUCAGUGUGCUGGCAAAAGAAUGGCUAUACAGAGCUACCAAACGUGUAGCAGACGAUGAACGCAGCCCCGUUUUACUCGCAAACGCGAUCCACCAUCGGAGCGACGCGUAUUCAAGUGUAGUUGCUCUCAUCGCCAUCCUUGGAACAUCUUUGUUUCCCCAAGUCCCUCUUGAUCCCAUAGGUGGCCUUGUCGUUGCUUUCGUCAUCCUCCAGCAGGGGACUUCACUUUUACUCGGAGCAUGGGGUGAUCUCACAGAUGCUGGGGUUUCUACAAAAACAAGACAAUCUCUUAAGAGUGCUUUAGGCCCCCUGCGUUCCGAUUCCUCUCCAGUUUACCCUGCGAUCAUCACGGAUAUCAGUGAGCUGCGUGCCCGUCGGGCAGGGUCCCUGUUAUACGUCGAUUUGACUGCCCAUGUUUCCAACUCCCUUACAGUGGAGCAACUUUCUGUACUCGAGGACGAAAUAUUGCGUACGAUGAAGGAGAAACGGAAGGAAGUUGCUGAAGUGCGGGUGCGAUUUAAACCUAAUAAAGUAGAAACGUGAAGAAUCAUACCCAUUCAAUCUCACUACCACCCACUUCAUUUUCCGUCUUCUGCACAAAUGCGCCAAGUAUAUCUUCAUGUAAUGGUAA